AUGCGUUCUUCCACCAUGAGAUCCAGAACCCUCCUCGCCCUCACGGCGCAUGUCCUCACUGCCGCCGCCCUCGUCGCAAAAGAUGGAAAGACCGGGAAGCUCCCCGCGUUGGGCUUCAACUCAUGGAACGCAUUCCGCUGCGACAUCCACGAAGACAAGUUCCUCAUCGCGGCGCAGGAGAUCAUAGACCUGGGUCUCAAGGAUGCCGGUUACGAGUACAUUAACAUUGAUGACUGCUGGUCGCUCAUGUCCCGUGACAAUGCCACAAAGCGCAUUCAGCCCGACCUUGAAAAGUUCCCCGACGGCAUCAGCGGAACCGCGGACAAAGUCCACGCUCUCGGCCUCAAGAUUGGAAUCUACUCUGAUGCCGGAGACCUCACCUGCGCCGGAUAUCCCGGAUCCCUUGGCUACGAGGAGAUUGAUGCGGAGACAUGGGAUGAGUGGGGUGUUGACUACUUGAAAUAUGACAACUGCAAUGUCCCCACAAACUGGACAGACGAAUACCAAUACUGGCCCGAGUACUGGUACGGUGACCACGAGGACCAGGUCGGUGGUACCCCCGCCCCGGCCGGCUACGACUGGUCGACCUCGAAGACGGCGCUGCGCUACAAUCGUAUGCGUGAUGCGCUUCUGGCGCAGUCGCGUACACUGCUGUACUCACUUUGCAACUGGGGACACUCGCACGUUGAGCAGUGGGGCAACCAGACGGGGCAGAGCUGGCGCAUGUGGGGUGACAUUGUCCCCAUCUGGGAGGGGAAGGAUGAUUAUUCAUGGGGUUUUAUGCCAAUUAUCAAUCAUGGUAUCUUCUUCUUGGAGUGGAGCAACUUCUGGGGACACAAUGAUCUCGACAUGCUAGAAGUUGGGAACGGUAACCUGACGGCCGAGGAGACACGAACUCACUUCGGCAUCUGGGCUGCCCUCAAGUCGCCCCUCCUCAUCGGCACACCCCUCGAUGUAAUCCCCGAAGAAGACCUCGCGGUUCUCAAGAACUGGGAGAUCCUUGCCUUCAACCAAGACCCCACCUGGGGCGCUCCCGCCCUCCCCUACAAAUGGGGGAUCAACCCCGCCUGGACCUGGAACCAGACCCAUCCCGCCGAGUUCUAUAGCGGUGGCUCCGAGCGCGGAAUCCACGUCUUCAUGAUGAACACGCUUAACAAGACCGUGACCAAGAGUGCGGUCUGGGGCGAGAUUCCCGGCCUCAAGGCGGGAAAGAAGUACGAGGUCACUGACAUGUGGACACACAAGAAACUCGGAAGCUUCUCCAAGAAGCUUGAUGUCAAGCUCGCGGCUCACGAUACCGCCGCGUUGUUGGUGACGGAGGUUGGCGGAAAGCACCCCUUCCCUAACCCGGCAGCGUUGCCAAAGCCGAAGAUUUACGAGACAAAGCCGAAGAGGUGGUUGGCGCCGGAGCUCAUCUAA